AUGAAAGCGUCGGCUCUUUUGGUAUUCAGCGACUCCAAGCUGGUGGUCAAUCAGGUCUCUGUGGAGUAUGAAGCCAGGGAUGAAAGAAUGGCUAAGUAUCAGGCGCUGGUGCGCGCAGAAAUCAAGAAGUUCACCGCGAUAAGAGUAGAACAAAUCAACCGUGAAGAAAAUAAUGCAGCUGACGAACUAGCUGGCCUUGCGUCUACACAAACAGCUUUCCUCAAUCCUUUUAUGAUAAAAUUCCUACCUCGGCCAUGCAUUGAGGAACCAGAAGUGUUUGAGGUACUCUGCACCGAUCUGGGACCAUUCUGGAUGGACCCCAUCAUCGCCUUCCUAAAAGAUAGAGUUUUGCCAGAAGAGAAGAAGGCGGCCAACAAGAUCCGAGCCAAAUCAGAGCGGUUUUGGCUCUCUCCAUCCGGGGCCAUAUACAAGAAGUCUUUUAUCGGGCCGUAUCUGAAGUGCAUCCACCCCGACAAGGUGGAAGCUUUCCUCUAUGAGAUCCAUGAAGGCAUCUGCGGAAGUCAUACUAGGGGCAGCCGGCCAGAGAGUUGUUCCUCCUUACAAGUCCUUGGUCGUUCGCACUUUGGGGGUUGGAUAUUGUGGGACCACUCCCAACAACUCCGGGCAAUCAAUUUCAUCACUCGCUUCGGUAUCCCAAAGGCCCUCAUUUCGAAUAAUGGCACUCAGUUCGAUGGGACACUCUUUUGCGGAUUUUGCGAAGAGUUAAAGAUUGAGUUUUACAACUCCACACCGGCCUACCCUCAGUUAAAUGGUCAAGCAGAAGCUUCAAACAAGACCAUCCUAGACGGGCUGAAGAAACGAUUGGAGAAGGCCAAAGGGAAGUGCCUUGAAGAACUCCCCAAUGUGCUAUGGGCAUACCUCACUACACCAAGGCGGUCAACCGGGGAAACUCCAUUUUCCUUGCCCUACGGCAUGGAGACGGUCAUACCAUUGGAAAUUGGCAUGCCAACCAUCCGAUCUAAAAGUUUUCAGCCAGACUUGAACAAUGAAGCUGUGGCCCUGGAACUUGACCUAGCUGAAGAAAAAAGGGAAUGGGCUCUAAUCCACAUAGCAACUUACCAGCAAGAGCUCUCCAGAAAAUAUAACAAGACCAUGAAUCCUAGGCUAUUCAGGAUCAGAGACUGCGUCUUGAGGAAGGCAAUGGGCAACACAAUGAUCCUUGGUGAAGGCAAAUUAUGA